UUGUUUGUGUAUGUAUAUUGUUCUUGAGACCAGGAACCUUUUAAGUCAAUGCGCGUUAUAAAAUAAAAGCUAGAUUACAGGAUCAAGUGGUCGAUCAUACACCGGAUUGUGCGAUCGCUCAUAGGUUGAGAUUUUUUGGAAUAUUUUUUUUAGCUAAAAUGGAUCGUGGAUUUUUUCUUGCCGUCGUGGUUUUAGCAGUUUUAGUAAACUUCAUUCAAGGUUCAGCUGAAGAUAAGCCUAAUGUGAUGAGACGAACCUCACUUCUAGAAAAACUUGGUAUGGAAUUACACAGGGAUCCACACCACCAUGUUUAUAAACCGUACAAACCAUACAAAAAGCGCUGUUACUGUGGACCUAAGCGACGCUAUUACCGGAAGGGUAAGGGUGGUUCUGACUCCGACUCUGACUCCGGCUCCGACUCCGACUCUGACUCGGACAAUGGUGGAUCUCCCGGAUAUUAUCGGAAGUACGGAAAAUACAAGAAAUACGGGGGAUACAGGUAUCGGGGGAACCGUUCUUCAGAUGAGGAGUAGAGAAUCAAUAUUGAAUGCACCACUGGACGGAAUCUCAGUAUGGAAGGACAAGGACUGUGGAACUGACGGAAUAUCGAUACAAAAAGAAAUAGAAAGGAAAAAAAACAGGGGAAACUCUGCUACGAUUAUGAAUUUGCUUCUUAUGAUCUUACAGCUUUCGUUUUUGCAUUCUUUUUAAAUAUUGUAGCCUAGUAAUAAUUAAAAUUAAAUAUCUAACUCUCAAAAUGCGACUCGCGAUUCUCUAUUUCAGCUAAAUAAUAAAUAACGAUUCCUUAUUUAUAAAGCGCUAUUUCUACCGCUAUCCAAAAGCGCUUUACAAUAACUGAAAUAAACAUGACGUGUUAAUGACAAA